UUUGCUCGUGCUACAGUCAGUCUUUUGAUUGCUAAUACUUUGUCAAGGCAAACUAAACUGUAAAUUGCUCAAUUUGAAGACAGGAAUCAGUCACAUGCUUUAAAAGGAAGAGAUUUUAUGUGAACGAAAAAUAGGAGUCAGUGUGUGGAAGCGGAUAUGAAUGAAUUUAAAAACACUAAUUCGUUCACGAACGAAACACUUUGAGACAACUGAGUCGCUUACCAUGCAUAAUUAGAAAUGUGAUUUUCAACACUGAUGAUGCUCCAUUCCAUGGUAUCUUGGGCCUUAUUAUCUAUGAAGUUUUCUACUGAGCCAUUCCAUAGACGCCCAAGGACGAUCUGAUUGGUUGGAUGAGGGAGCAGUGAGCUCUGGUUGGCUGUCGGAGAAUCAUUUAACACCCACACUGUCAAUAGUGAGACCCACAUGGGGACCAUGGUUAUGUUGAAGAUCUCCGCUUUCCUUGUUGCCUACGCUCUGAUUAUUUGCCAGAUGUACAGCUCUAAUGCAGCUCCUGCCAGGCCUGCACUGGAAUCAUCACCAGAUCGAACUAUGCUUACCGACUAUGAAGCGAGAAGGUUGCUGCAUGCAAUCGUCAAAGAAUUCAUGCAGAUGACUGCGGAGGACAUGGAGCAACAGGCAGCUGAGGAAAACAGUGUUACAACACAGAAGAGAGCUUGUAACACGGCCACAUGUGUGACCCAUCGCCUGGCAGACUUCCUGAGCCGCUCGGGGGGGAUUGGAAGCAGCAAAUUUGUCCCCACCAAUGUGGGCUCUCAGGCGUUCGGCAGACGAAGGAGGCUCAGUCAGGAGUAGUCAACUGAAUGGGUCUUCGUGAAAUGGUCACCAGUCUACACGUCCACAGUUCUUCUUUGAUUGCUGUCAAUAAAAGAGAAAGCAUCAUCAUGUCCACAUUAUGACCCCUGGGAAUGGAAACUCCUCACUUUCAUCUGAAUGGACUCCAGUUGAUAGCACUGAUCGUUUCCAUCCAGCCAGACAUUAGUCAUAUCUGCUCAUUUUUAGGCUCUUCCAUGAAGCAACAUAAGUUAAAAAAAAGAAAAAGAAAAGAGAAAACGAUGAUCAGCAACCCUCAUUUUUCUACUCAUUUGGAUCCGAGGAAGAGCACUGCUUCAUUCUUUCCUCUCAGCAGAGAGCACAUUCAGUAUGUACAGUCUGGUUUGGCCCAUGUUCCUUUAAUGUGUCUCAGCACAUUACGGUAUUUUGGGGAUCAUAUUAAAGCAGUGCCUCAUAAAAAGGCUUCCCUGAAUAUGGAUGUGUCUUGUGCCUUGAUGUAACACUUUACAUGCCGCUGUUGUACAGUAUGUUUGAAUUAAAGGAGGGAGGUUCUACCACUGAAUUACAAAUUGUAACAAUUGUGAAUUUGAGCAAGAUUAAAAUGUAUUUUAGAUACAUAAGGUUUGGGGUACUUGAUUUAUUGACUGACUGGUUGUUUAGUAAUUGGUCUGCAAUGCAUAGUCGUACACAUGCCCCCUCAUGUCAUGUUCAAUUUUGCAUUUCUGACACAAUAAUCAGAAAUAAAUGAUGAGAACAAGGUUCAACAUUAUUCUACAGUUGUUCUGAAUGCCCAUUUAACAGGUGUCAAAUUAAGAAGUCUAGUUUGUAAACCAAAUGAAUGAGUGUUCAUGCAUGAAAACAUAAUAUCUGACUGAAA